AUGGUAAUGGAUGAUUCCACUGAUCUCCUUCCCAUCGGAAUGCGUGUUCUUGCCGUCGACGACGACCCCACUUGCCUCAAAGUCUUGGAAACUCUCCUCCGAAGAUGUGAAUACCAUGUUACCACAACUAGUCAAGCUAUAAUGGCAUUGAAUAUGCUGAGAGAAAACAAAGACAAGUUUGACUUGGUUAUCAGUGAUGUGCAUAUACCAGAUAUGGAUGGAUUUAAGCUGCUUGAACUCGUGGGGCUUGAGAUGGACCUUCCUGUCAUAAUGUUGUCUGCGUAUGGUGAUACGAAGCUGGCGAUGAAGGGGAUUUCUCAUGGUGCUUGUGAUUAUCUGCUAAAACCUGUGAGAUUAGAGGAGUUAAAGAAUAUUUGGCAGCAUGUGAUUAGGAAGAAGAAAUCUGAUUCAAAGGGGAAAAACAAAACCAAUAAGCCAGAUAACGCUACUUCUGAUAGUUGCAGCGGACUGAGAUCAGCGGGAACUGAGAAUUCAGAUGAAAAUGGAAGGCUGGCUAAGAAAAGGAAGGAUCAGGAUGAAGAUGAAGAUGAGGUUAAAGAGAAUGGUAACGAUAAUGAAGACCCAUCAGCUCAGAAGAAGCCCCGAGUUGUUUGGUCUGUGGAGUUGCACCGCAAGUUUGUCGCUGCUGUAAAUCACCUAGGCAUUGACAAGGCUGUACCCAAAAAAUUCUUGAUAUGA